UUUUCCAUACGUGAAUUCCUCCAUUAUGUUGACUUUACUUUAGAAAAACUUAGCUCCUCUGAUAAAGUUGUUUAUCUUAUGGGCGAUUUCAAUAUUGAUCUCCUCAAAUCUGAAAUUUCCGAUUACUCCCAAAAUUUUUUGUUAUCUUUACAAUGUUAUUCGUUCUUCCCGGUAAUUGAUAAACCAACUAGAGUCUACAAUAAUUCUGCCACACUCAUUGAUAAUAUAUUUCUGAAUAGAUUUGAUCAUAAAAUUUCAGGUGGAAAUAUCGUGUCAGACAUUAGUGAUCACUACUCCCAAUUUUGUUUUAUCCACAGUCUUAUACCAAAAAAUUUUACUGCUAAACAUAAAAUUCGCGAUUAUUCCAACUUCUCUGAAGAAUGCUUUAUUAAUGAUGUCUUGGAUACUGAUUGGGAUAACUCAAUGACAUAUGGAUCUGUAGACAAAUGCUUUUCUUCCUUUUACAAUAAAUUUAACAAGCUCAUUAAUAAACACGCUCCUCUCAAAAUCUUAUCUAGGCGCAAGGCUAAACAAUUUUCCAAACCGUGGAUAACUAAGGGCCUACGUAAAUCUAUCAAAAUAAAGAAUAGA